UCCGGUGUCUGGUUUAUUCGGUGUGUCGCUAACACUCAGUAAAGAUGAACGCGCCUCCCGCCUUCGAGUCGUUUCUGUUGUUUGAAGGAGAAAAGAAGAUCAGCAUCACUAAAGAUACGAAAGUCCCAAAUGCGUGUUUGUUCACCCUGAACAAGGAGGACCACACUCUGGGAAACAUCAUCCGAGCUCAGCUGUUAAAGGAUCCUCAGGUUCUGUUUGCUGGUUAUAAAGUUCCUCAUCCUCUGGAACACAAGAUCGUCAUCAGAGUGCAGACAACACCUGACUACAGCCCACAGGAAGCAUUUACGAACGCCAUCACUGACCUCAUCAGUGAGCUCUCUCUGCUGGAGGAACGCUUCAGAGUCGCCAUCAAAGACAAGCAGGAAGGGAUAGAGUGAAGCCCCGCCCUCCUGAUGAUGUCACUUCCUGUUUGUAGUACCUGUUUGUGUUUGAAUGUUGUUGUAUUUUUAUAAAUAAAGUGUGUGAUGUCA